AUGCUGACCACAUCCCCUCUUAAGACCUCCACGGCUCCCAGAAAAUAUAGCCAGACGGGUACCUUCAUAGGACUGCUGGUGGUCAGGGCUCCUGCACAACUGCACCUCAAUCAUGCUGUCACAGCACAGGAGGAGUUCAAGGAACAAGCUGCUAUGGUGGAUCGCAGGAACGGUCUGAUGGUAGUCAAAAUCGAGUACCUUAGAGGUGCUCUGGAACAGAUGGAGAAAAGUCGAAAAAUAGCUGAACAAGAGCUGGUGGACGCCGGUGAGCGUGUUGGACUUCUGCACUCUCAAAGCACAAGCCUUCUGAACUACAAGAAAAAGCUUGAGUCUGACCUGGUCCACAUUGCAGAGUCCCAGGUCAACAAAUCACGCAAGUUUGAUUAA